CAUAGUGACCAAAAUGAAAGCUACAUUGGCAUUGAUCGCAGUACUCCUAGUGCUCCAAAACAGGGGUGUCUCCGCCAAGCUGAAUGUUUCAGAGAUUUUCUCUGACCUGUUUCAAGCUACUUUUAAUCCAAGUGAAUUUUCGUUGCCUGCUGUUACAAGUAAACCACUUUCCGCUCGUGAAGCUUGUGCUAACGAGCUCAAUAGUUCUGUUCGGACAGACAUUGCCGAAGCUGGGGCAGAAUUUCGCCAGAUAUUGGGAAUUCUACAAACUGACGCCGACGAUUUUGAAAACCUAAGUCAAUUGGAAAAGGAUUUCGUAGCAAAUAUAAACAAGUGCGACGCACAAAAGGAAAGCUAUGGUUGCUACAUCUCGGCGAUUGAAAAUGUGGUCCGAGAAGUUGGGGCUACCCCAGUUGACAAUGUAAAAAUAUUCUUCAGUUUGGUAAAACUCUUCAAGCGUAUAGACGGUGAAUAUGCUAAAUUUAAUUUUUGCUUAGUGCGACACCCGGAAGUUACAUCACCACCUGGUUCGUCAGAGGCAGAACAGACCACAGCAAGCUCAUUUAUUCUUCCAAAAAUUUUAUGAAAUACAAUGGUUUUCAAGAAUAUCUGAAUUGUACUGCAUUUUCGUAAUAAAAAGUGCCUUGCCAUUUCAA